CGCGACGGGAGGCGCGGGGGAGUCGGCUUGGGGGGCGGGGCAGAGAAGGGACUGUCCGCGCCCGGCGCCCUCCAAGACCUUCACUGUAGGGUCUGUACUUUCGUGUCGUCUAGGAGAGAACUGCAGCAUGUCGCUGUGUAACGGACUUUAGCGUUCCUCCACACGAAUUCUGAACCGGGGCCGGCCGAGGCCCAGCAGUCCCCGCGCCGCCGCCGCGCCGCCCACUGCCCUCUGCUGGGCGUGGGGUCGCCGUGCCCAGCGCUGCAGCCCGACCUAGGCAGAAAUGGCAAAAAGUCUUUUGAAGAUACCAUCUAUGUCUCUGGGGACAAAAUUGCUACAUCAAACAGGAUUAUCACUUUAUAAUAUAUCUCAUGGCUUUCAUGAAGAUAAAGUAAAGGAAAAACUUCAGCAGUUUCCUGGGGGAUCCAUAGACCUUCAGAAGGAAGACAGUGGCAUUGGCAUUCUUACUCUGAACAAUCCAAGUAAAAGGAAUGCCUUUUCGGGUGUUAUGAUGGUACAGCUUUUGGAAAAAGUGAUUGAAUUGGAAAAUUGGACAGAAGGGAAAGGUCUCAUUGUCUGUGGGGCAAAAAAUACUUUCUGCUCCGGAUCUGAUCUGAAUGCUGUGAAAGCACUUGGAACUCCAGAGGAUGGAGUAGCCUUAUGUAUGUUCAUGCAAAACACCUUAACAAGACUUAAGAGACUUCCUUUAAUAAGUGUUGCACUGGUUCAAGGUUGGGCAUUGGGUGGAGGAGCAGAGUUUAUUACAGCAUGUGAUUUCAGAUUAAUGACUACAGAGAGUGAGAUCAGAUUUGUCCACAAGGAGAUGGGUAUAAUACCAAGUUGGGGUGGCGCUACACGGCUGGCUGAAAUUAUCGGCCAUAGACAAGCUCUCAAAGUGCUGAGUGGGGCCCUCAAAAUUGAUUCCAAGCAAGCUUUAAACCUAGGAAUGGUUGAUGAGGUCUUGCAGUCUUCAGAUGAAACUGAAUGUCUAGAAGAGGCCAAAGAGUGGCUAAAGCAGUUUAUCAAAGGGCCAACAGAAGUAACUAGAGCUUUGAAAACAACUCUUUUUUUAGGCAAAGAGCUUUGUUUCCAGGAGGCGUUAGAGAUGGAAAGAGAUCUUUUAGGAACACUUUGGGGUGGACCUGCAAAUUUGGAGGCUAUUGCUAGGAAAGGCAAAUUCUGUAAAUAGGUGUUUUAAGAUAUGAGGCACUACAAUGAUUAAUGUAUAGAAAAGUUAAAUGAUAUAUGUCAGAAUUAUUUUGAAGGGUAUCACUGGUAUUUGGGUUUGUUUUUAAUAAUUUUUUGAAUACUUAAAAUCAUUGGCAUAGUUGGCAGUAUGCUCUAGUACCCCCUGACUUGCAGGGAUUAGGUCCCAUGAUCCCCAGUAGAUGCCUGAAACUGAGGAUAACACUGAAUUCUCGUAUACUAUUUUUUCCCUUAAUUACACACCUAUGAUAGUUUAUAAAUUAGGCACAAUUUAUAAGAGAUUAACAACUAAUAAAGUUAUAUUUUAAUAAAAGUCCUGUGAAU